AUGAACAACAAGCCUAUCUUCAUCACCCUACCGGUAUACUUCCUGAGCUUUCUUCAAUUUUUUAGCUCCAGCCAUGGAUGGAUUCCGACAAUCGGUUGCGCCGAGCGGCAAAAGGAAACUCAGUUAUGCGGUAGACAGUAUUUCCGUGGAAGAUCUGUUCCGUAUGUAGAAACGCUCGCCGAGCAAAAAAGUCGUGAACUUUGGGAACAAGAACCCUUUGAUCAUGCUGAAAGACUGAUCGAUAGGGUUCUUGCCUCUGAUUUUCCCUCCAACUCUCCUUUCUUGAAAAAAAUUUCGGACCAUUCAACCACGGAAAGUUCAGGAUUCGAGGAUUUAUUCUUACCACUUUACGGUACUAAAGAUGAUGGCAUCUGGGAAAAGCCCAUCAUUGAUUUUGGAGAGCGAAAGGAGAAGCUCAAACACUUCUUGAUUCGCGUGAGCUACAAAGGGAAUCAGUUCUGUGGCUGGCAGAUUCAGCGUGACAAUGAGCUACCAUCAGUACAGGGAGUUCUGGAGGAUUGGCUGCAGCCUCUCGCAGAACGAAAAAAGAGCAUUCGUGUAUGUGGACGGACGGAUGCUGGAGUGUCAGCUAUUGCUCAAGUCUGUCGAUUCCGAACAGCUCUAGAUCUAGAUGCUGGAGAUAUCGCAGAGCAUUUGCAAAAGCUUCCUUCAGCAGGUGCUAGAGUCCAACAAGUUGUCGAAGUUACAAGAAGUUUCCAUCCAACAUUUACGGCAACAUGUCGUGCAUAUGUCUAUUUGAUUGAUUGUACUCCAUUGGAAGGUUUCAACAGCGAAAUGCUCGGCAUUCUAAACCAAAUACUGCAGGCUCUGGAAGGAAAGGAACUGGACUACAUCGGAUUGUCCUACGGGAGGCUGAAAACUGAAACAUCACUCUGCACGCUUCAUCAUGCAAGAGCAUGCUUAGUCUCUACUGAUGAUGAAUCUUCAGCAGUUUGCAUUGAAUUAGUUGGGAAUCGAUUCCUUCGCCGCAUGGUUCGUUUGCUUGUAGAGGCAGCAGUUCGGAUCACUCUGGCAGGAGAUGAUCCUAGCGACGAUGUACUGCUAGACGAAAUAUUGAAGGAAGACCGUCGUUUGAUUGGAAAUACAGCCCCUGCAAAUGGACUCUUCUUCGUGGGUGCUCGCUUCGAUGCCAUGUAG